AUGACAAACCAAAAGUUCUUUACUUUAUCCAAUGGGAACAAGAUUCCAGCUGUUGCCGUUGUUGGUACAGGUACCAAGUGGUACAAAGCUGAAGAAACUGAUGCUACUUUCUCUCAAGAAUUGACUGAUAUCGUAAAGCUAUCUCUAGACACUGUCCCAGGAAUUGUUCACAUUGAUGCAGCCGAGACCUACAAAACUUAUCCAGAGUUGGGUGCUGCUUUGAAGGAAACAAAGAAGCCCAGGGAAGAGAUUUUCAUUACAGACAAGUUUUCUUCCUUGCACAAGAUUUCGGAAGAUCCUAAGUCUGCUUUAGAAACCGCUUUGAAGAAGCUAGGAGUUGAUUAUGUUGACUUAUACUUGAUUCAUUCUCCAUUUUUCGACAAGGACUUGAAUAUUGAUCUAGAGACCGCUUGGAAGCAAUUGGAAGAACUAUACAAAUCGGGAAAGGCAAAGAACAUUGGUGUCUCAAACUUUACUGUUGAGGAUUUGAAAAAAGUUUUGGCCAUUGCUGAAAUUAAACCUCAAGUGAAUCAAAUCGAGUUUUCUCCAUUCUUGCAAAACCAGACCCCAGGUAUCGUGGAGUUUAGCCAAAAGAACGAUAUUUUACUAGAAGCCUAUUCUCCAUUAGGUCCUCUCCAAAAGAAGCCCACUGAUGCUGACCAACAACCAUUCUAUCAAUAUCUGAAGGAACUUUCUGAAAAGUAUAACAAAACUGAAGCUCAAGUUUUGUUGUUGUGGGUGUACAAGCGCGGUAUCUUGCCAGUUACCACUUCUGCCAAGAUCGAGAGAAUCAAGCAAGCCCAAGACAUCUUCAGCUUUGAUCUUACUGAAGAAGAGGUAAAGAAAAUUACCGAUUUGGGUUUACAACAUGAACCUGUUAGAUUGUACUGGGUUGAUUUCUACACCAAGUACAACUCCGAAGCCCAAAAAUGA